AUGUCGGCCGAGCAGCGCCAGCAGGACGUGAGCGGGGCGGAUGGCCAGCUGCAAGCCGAGCCUCCUGCCGACCAACACACAUGUGAGCUGUAUGACACAGCUGCCAUGCUAUUAAAUAAUGGUGCCUCACCCAGCCGUGUCGUUCGCGCAGCAUGUUUACUGCAGCAGCUAGCAGCUAGUGCUGUGGCAUUUAACUUCCGCCGCACCCGUCAGAUGGCAGCCUCCGAGCACAUCUCUGAAAAGGAUGUUCACCACGGACUCGACCCGCCUCUUGGAACGGGCACGGGCGUGUCCACUUCAACGUCAUCGGGCGACUCGUACACCAGCGCGACGGACUCGACCGCGAGCACCACGGCUGAUUCGGCCACCCAGCAAAGCUCGACGACUGCGACCACUCCGUCGACCGACACAACGACCACUUCGUCGGACACGACGACUGCUUCUACUUCGCCGUCGACUUCAACUACCUCGGCGGACACCACGACGCAGGGAGCGGACACGACUACGCAAGGGACGACAACUAGCACCGGCAUCACCAACGGCACGGGCACCUGGGGAGGAACCAGCACUGGGGCUGACACUGCAACCACCAGCGGCACCAACACGUGGGGAACGAGCACCGGAACGGAUACUGCCACUACUGGCGGCACCGACACGUGGAGUGCUAGCACGGACACCACCACCGACUCGGCCGAGACGCCGUGUGCUAGCGGAGACUCGGAUACGACGGGUACACAAGGAGUCUCUGGUGCUGGCACCACCUCGACCGACACCACUACGUCUCAGCAGACGACGGGGACUUCGGGCUGGGGAACCAGCACUGGCGCCGACACUGCCACGACUGGGACGUCCGGAUGGGGUACUGCUACCGGCACGGCCUCCACGGGCGCUUGGGGGGCUUCAACAGAUACUACCUCGGGCACCGACACCACCUCGCAGCAGACGACAGGGACGUCAGGCUAUGGAACCAGCACUGGGACGGCCACGACCGGCUGGGGAACUGGCACCGAUACGACUUCUGCCGAGACGCAUUGCUCGGGCGACCAGAGCUCGACGGGGACCUGGGGAGCCUCGACCGACACAACUACUAGCACAGGCACGACCACCCAGCAAACCUCGGGGGGUGCAACCUCGACCGGCACGACGCAUCAGACCAGCGGCGCGGAUACGUCGAACACCGACAGCACCACCACCGGCACUUGGGGUACCACCGGGACCGAGCAGGCUGGUACGGUGACCGCUGCUAGCGAGACGUCCGACUCGUGGGGCUCCACUGGUACGUGGGGCGCUGCAACGGACACGGCGAAUGCACCGUGCUCGGGUUCGUCGGACACCACGUCGGGAACGUCGACGAACACCUGGAUUGAGAUCACCAACAGUCCUAGCACCGGAAGCUCCACCACCGCCAGCACCGAAACCGCAUCGGGCAAGACUGGUGUCGACUCCACCUCGGCCGCGACGACGUCGACUGCUACUACGACUGCCUCGGAGACGACGACCUCGACCACCUCAGCCGCUGAAACAACGACUGCCCCUGCUGCCACCACUGCCGCUUCGACGUCUUCGGCCACCACGUCGGGCAAGACUGGCGUCCCCGCGACGUCGACGACGUCCUCGGGCACCUCGUCAGCGGACACGUACACGGGUGACUCGACCACGCAGCAAUCGGCGACGCAAUCCCGCCGCCGCUCUCUCCGCCACUAA